CAAAAUGGCUUCCAAUGUGCCGUUGGCACCGAUUUCUUCGGAUGGAGAGCCCCAAAAGUCCGCUUUUUAUGCAUCUGGUUUAGUUGGGAGUGUUGGUGUGGCUGUUGGAAGAAGCAGUGAUACGAUGGAAGUGGAAGAAUGCCGAGGAUCAUGUGGGAUGGAGGAGGUGGAAGAGGAGGGCGAGAUCUUGGCUGCGUCAUCAGCUAAGACUGACUCUGAUGAAUCCAAGUUUAAUAUAACGAUAGGCCAUAUAGAAGACAUAGUUAUGGAUGACCGAUUUCAAGGAAUGCAAGAAAACUUUUACGAAAAAUAUUACCAAGAAUUUGAUGAUGAUGAAGAAAAUAAGUUAAUAUACACAACGAUUCAUAAUGAAUAUACUGAAUUAAUAGAAACCUACCUCUUAGAGCAAUUAUCACUUCAAAUGCCUGACUUUGACAUGGAGGAAUUUGCUAAUCAAUUGAGUGAAAAACAGGAGAGCGGUGGUGAAGAGAUGGAAGGAGAGAUAUUUGAGAUGUUGCUCACAUUCACAGACUUUUUGGCCUUCAAAGAAAUCAUGCUGGCUUAUAAAGCAAGUAAAUUAGGUACUGCCAUAGAUCUGAGUGAAGGCCUACAAGUGACGUCUCUUGGAAGUGGUGAACCGUCCAUAGCCCCACAUGUCCACACCAUUGACUUGAACUUUUCGUCAAAAUGACAAUUUUCUGCUGAUGACGUUGUAUCGUGUCCGAGUUAAAAGCAAAAUACUGUUUAACCUGUUUGCAGGUUUUAUAAGAUAUUGUGCAUUAAUCAAAUCCAUCCAGCUCUGUGUCGUGUCGCCCUUCAGCUUAGUCAUACAAGCUAUCAGCUCUUGUGUUAGCUUGUGUGGAUGUUCCUUGGUGGACAAUUGGCCUGGAGAAGGUAAUGUUGAGCUUGAUGACUUGGAUAGUUCUGUAUUCUGAAACACCUUGUUGCCAUUUUUUGUCAUCGGCCUUUGAACUUUUGAAAGACGCAUGUAAUUAUGGAAUUCUUUAUAAUGUGUCUUCUUAGUUGAAAUGCCUUUCAAAGGCUUUGACAUCACGAUUUUGUCAACUGACUCUGCUGUCAGUAAUUCUAUCAAAGAAAUAUUGAUGAGUUCUAAAUCCGUCCUUCAUAAUAGCAAAGACAAAAUGUGUUCCUUGACUUAGGAGGUCGUUUGGCUGUCCAACAUUCAACCAAUUGGUUUUGAGGGUUAUAGUCUUGAUCGAAUGUGCUAAAAUUACACCAUACAGGUUGACUAAUUAUCCUCUGUUUUUACACAAUUGUAAUCAAACCGUUAAUAUGCAUCGUAAUCCAUCCACCUUAGGAAAUCGAGCCAUCCAUUUUACACAUUGUAAUUCCUGUAUCCAUCGACUUUCUGAAAGAAUACUCCAGUGUAUUUCAAACUCAGUCAGGAGCCAUCACAACUUGAAGGGGGCAGCACUGUAAUGUCACUAGAAUUGGAAAUGUUGGUGUAAUUUCACCACUCUUCCACCUCAUAAUAACCUGUAAAAGGUUGCUGAGAGGUGUAGCAGAGGGUACCCUAGAGACAGCAUCUUCGGCACAACACAGGGCAAUAGAAUACUGUUGCUUUGUUAGUUGUGCGAACAUCUGGAAUGCGAUGACUCCUGACUGAUUCAAAUGUAUUCGUUGCAUUUCUUGCCAAGUGUUCAUAUUAUUAUUCCUUCCAACCAUCUCUAUCAAACACCAUCAAAAUUACACCAGUAUUUGUACGUUUCUAUGACACCGAGUUCCAUCCAUGGCAUUGCACAUUCAUCUUAAAUCACACCAACUUCCCUCUGUUGAGGUGGACUGUCUUUGCGCCGGCUUAAUAAGGGUUGACCACAGACACCACCAUUUUGGCGAGAACCUGAAAUCCUAAAGCAAGCAGAUCUCCUUCAAAACAAGGUGAAUGCCCAUUUUAAAGGUGGGAGUCAUUUCUUUUGUUUUUCAGAGAACGGCCUCCCAGGUAGUACAUGGGUAUUCACUUCAUUUUGAAGGAGUUCUUAUUGCUUUAGGCUUUCCAGCCAAAGUGGUGGUGCCUGUGGUCAACCCUUAACCGAAAUGGCAUUAUCUUUGGCCCAAGCCCUGAGUCGCUGGAUGCUGAUAUAUAUAUCAUGCUUAAGAAACCCCAGUGAUUCACAUCACUGCCUUAUAGCAAAUUCAGAACACUCGGGGCUAAGUAUGUUAACAUGUAUAUUUCAAAGACUUCUGAGUUUGUAUAUACAUGUAGAACACUUGGUUUAUCACAUACUGUACAGGACAUGUGAAUGAAUGGCUUUAUGUGCAAAUACUCUGUUCCCACAGUUAAUUGAAGAUUGUGUGACCAAUUAUAGCUACUAGUUAUUUCCUCAUUAUGCAAUUAAUGAUUUUAGAAGUGGAUCAAUCACCUCACAAUAAGUAUCCGGAGUGAUUCUUUUGUUGUGUGCGCAAUGCCUGUAUGCCCUGACACAAACAGUGCCACCCAAGGACACUUGCAUGUAUUCCAUGAAGUGCAGAGCUGUCUGUUGAUAAGGUGUAGUGCACAGAGGAGUAAGCAGUUGAUGGGGCAGCAAGUUACACACUGCAGAAAAUGGCCAUCCUGUUUUGCUCUCUGUCGUAGCGUGGCUUUCCAAAUUUAACUGUGCGUGCAGAGUAUGUGAUUUUGUUUGUGUAUCGGGUAUGUUUGCUGUUGAUAUGUUUCAUAUGUAUACUGUACUGAAUUCAAUGUUAAUACAGUCUGUGUCAUUUUUA